CUAUGAUGAAAAACAGUUUCUGCCACCGUUGGACGUACAGGCCCCUGAUUGUCAGUAGCGCACACGUCCAGCUUCCUCUUCAUCGAAUCGGUCUGAACCGGCGACGGCUUUGUAAACCAAGUCAAACCAGGGGGUGCCGAUUGUGUUCUGUCUGCCGAAUUGUCGCUCACAGCCUAACUGCGGAACCACGAUGCUGUCUUCGCUGUGCAUGAUGGCCGCGAUCUUUGGCUUUCCUCUGAGAGACGCGUUCGUCCUCCAUCCCUCCCGAGAGGAGCCUGCAGGAGCCAUCUCAGACGUGCCGGUUGGCAAGGUGAACAGAUGCCAGGGGGAGUCACUUCAGGUCAUAAAGCAGAAGCUGUUGGAGGCCCUGAACCUGGAUAGGGAGCCUCAGGUUUCCAGGACUGGACUUGGCAGGUUUAGGGAGCAGUGGAAAGCGGUCUUAGGAGACACUGCCCACAGCUCACCGAAGUCUCAGGAAUUCACUGUGUUGAAUACAACCUCCACACAAGAGUCCACUGGGACCCGAGAUGAGACCAACAGUACAGGCUUGCAGUGCUGCCAGCUGGCUUCACAGAUCUUCAUAAAUGAUCUUGGUUGGGAGAAUUGGAUAAUCUUUCCAGAUACCUUCACCUACACCCAGUGUGCAGUCUGCGACCCCCACCUGGACCCAAAAGCUCCAAAGUGUCGAGCAAACAGCCCCCCUGAGCCAAACACCCCUUCAAAGUGCUGCCAGCCAACCUCCCAUGUGAUGGUGCCAUUCUUCUACUUGGAUGAGCUCAACACGCCAGUCAUCUCCUCUGUGGCCCUGACCAACCAAUGUGGCUGCAAACCAGGAUCAUACAUCCAGGAUGCACAGAACUGAAUAACUGCCUUCCACUAAAACUGGUUGUAUAAAAAAUCAACUCUCACACAACAUAUAAUCAGUGGUGGAAAUUCCACGGAUCAGAAACUAAAAGUCGUGCCACGUGUUUCUUCCAUUCAUGAACUCAGCCAGCUGAUUUCACUGAUUAGUUCUACCUCCUGGCUGAAGAGGUGUGCUAGUGUAGCAAAUCCAAGUGACUGGAACAAAGUACUGGGGAGGACUUUUACUUUCUGAGCCUGGAUUUCCACCUCUGGAUGUAGUAUGUAUACAGACACAAAAGGCCACACCCUUUAAUACAUGGAAGUUCUCCAUUGGGCAGGGGUGGGGGGUGGGGGUUAACUGUUUAAAGGCACAAUUCCUUUGAAAUGUAAAUAUCUUCAAAUCCACUAUCCACUUAUAAGGUGUUCAGUUUCCCUGCUUCUUGUGAUGUUUUUAUAUUUUGUAUGCCAUACUAAUAAUGAAGAGAUCAGAUGUGGCCAGAACAGAGGCCAGAGAGGUAUUUCAGAUUUGAUUAGUUAAAUGGUGAUGCAUACAUUUAACCAUUUAUUGUACAGAUGUUUCUUCCAACCUAUCUUGAAAACUUUAUUGGUGUUAGCCAUGUAUGUUGUGUUGUGUUUCCUGGGGCUUAUGUUGGCAAGGCACACCCUACGCAGGUUGUAUCUGGAUAUAAACCCCAUGUUUGUUCCAGGUCCCACAUAUUCUGUUUGUGCUAACUAGAAUGUUUGUUUACCAUAUAUUUUACCAGUGUUACCAUAUCAGAUUUUUUAAAAACCAUUUACCCACCAGUGUUUGACAAUAAAUAUACUAUUUUCUUACAUAUAUAUUUAUCUGGAUAUUACAAUUUGAAAUAUGGUGAUGUAUACAAUAUUAGUGAUGUACUAACAACCAUGUCUUCAUAUUACUAACACAUCUUUAUGUAAAUCAGAUGUUAUCUUGAAAAAAUAAACAUACAGCAUGUUCCUUUUGUCCUGUAUUCAUAUUCACUGCUUGCAGUUUGAUUAAAUACAAUUUAAAACCAAUUUACAGUAAUUUCAGCCAUGGCUGAUAUUGGACACACAAGCCUCACACACACAGUGGCUAUGUAUGAACUACAAAAAGGUGAACCAUACAAUUCACUGACUUUUAAUAUAAUACAUUGAGUUAUUGGGUUUUUUUUUUUUCAAAAACAAUAACUGAAUUCAUUGUGAAUGAAUAAAAACAAAUAGCCUUUGUAUCCAGCUAAAGAUUAGGGAAAAAUUAUACUUUAUGAAAGGUAAUUAAGUACCCGUACUAAUCAUCACAACCAAGUCAGAAUUCUGAAUGAGAUUUAAGUUUGACAUCUGGAAAAAAGUUUGUUGUGAAAAUAUUUUUUUAUAUAUUUUCAAGUUUUUUUUCCACACAGUACAAAAUAAAAACAUCUCCCAUCACACAGUAACCUCCAACGGUUCACUUUCUCAACACUAGCCAGUACCGCCCCUUGAAAUUUAACUUAAGUCAAGAAAAAGGCCCCACCCAUUAUCCCAGGGCCUCUGGACGUUACAAAGCAUGACACCAUUCACAAAUAUAAUGUAAGGCUGCCAUAUUCCGAAAAAGAAAUGUUCCGAGGACCCUCUGAAGGGAGUAUAACAUCUUCUCUGUAUUAUGCUGUUGCUUGUCUCUUCUGCAGUGGACAUGAAAGGGUGAGGUUUCCGAAUCGCGGCUGACUGCCUGCCAGACGGCAUAAAAAUUGUGCCUGCCUCUGAGACUGAAAACUCAAACCCAGCCUGUUGCGCACUUCAGAAGGGGCAACCGGGGGAAACCAGCACAUGGAUACGUGUUCUCUUUUCACAUUUGGCUUUGCAUUCCUUUUUUGAUGUGCACUAUGGAAUUGGGAUAUUUCCAGCACAUGACACCAGUAGACUGAAGGACUGAUUAAAAAAAAAAAAAAAAAAAAAAAAAAAAAAAA